CAUUGAGUUCCAUUAACCCGGGUUUCGUAAUUCACUUUCUUUCGGAAAGAGAGAUGGCGGAAGAGGAGAAUGGAGCUGCCGGCGGCGGGGAGUUUUACCUGAGGUAUUACGUAGGGCAUAAGGGGAAGUUCGGCCACGAGUUUUUGGAGUUCGAGUUCCGUCCAGAUGGCAAGCUCCGUUACGCCAAUAACUCCAACUACAAGAACGAUACUAUGAUCCGUAAAGAGGUCUUUCUCACGCCUUCCGUUCUCAAGGAAUGUCGCCGUAUCGUCUCUGAUUCUGAGAUUAUGAAGGAAGAUGAUAACAACUGGCCGGAACCAGAUCGUGUGGGACGGCAAGAGCUUGAGAUUGUGAUGGGCAAUGAACACAUCUCUUUUACUACUUCAAAGAUCGGGUCUCUCAUGGAUGUGCAGACCAGUAAAGACCCAGAAGGGCUACGAAUCUUCUAUUAUCUUGUUCAGGACUUGAAGUGUUUCGUGUUCUCGCUGAUAUCACUCCACUUCAAGAUCAAGCCAAUUUAAGAACUUCGAUGGUAAGGUUUGAAGGUGGUUGUUGGAUAUUUUGUGGUUGCCCAAGUUGAUGUUUUAUGUGAUUGAAAUUUGUAUGGAAACAUGGUGGAGCUAAGUUUGGUGUUAAAGAACAUGUUAUAUCGGCUUGGAUUGGGUGUCUUUAUCUUUCAUUUAAGGUUACUGAUAUUUGAUUGAAAUUUAAAAGUGUAACGACUCAAUUGCCUUAAAAGUUAGUGCUACCAUUGCAUUCCUUUCUUAUUUA